AUGGAGGAGUUGACACUCCUGUUUCGGCAUCUGCCUGCAGAGCUAAGUGUGGAUGAAAGAAAAGACUUACUUCACUAUCUUGGAGCUUCACGGGUGAAAGUCAUGGGCAAAUCUGGUGCUAUGAAAAAUACAGCCUUUGCAGUUUUUGGAAACAAAGAACAAGCUACACAGGUGUUGAAGCAGCUUCACCAGGUUGAAUUUCUUGGAUCCAGGCUGGUGGUAGAGUUUGCCAAGACACAGUUACCCUCUGGUGAUAGUUUGACAACUCAGAAGGGACUAUCAAAAGAGAACGGAACGGACGAUGAGGACAGCACAAAGGCAAAAAGGGAGAAGGAAAUUCAACAGCAACUGGAGCCAAGGGAGAUCAAAUUUGAUAAAACUUUUGCUACAUGGGGUUUAAAAUAUCCUCGCCGCCCAGAACUUCGGUAUUCUUAUCCACCACCGACGCAAUCAAUUCUUACCAACAUUCUGAAUGCGCUGGCUGCAGUACCAAAGUUCUAUGUUCAGGUGUUGCACCUGAUGAACAAGAUGGAUCUUCCAGCACCAUUUGGUGCAGUAACACCAUCACCACCAAUACAUCCCGAUAUCAGGGAGCCAUCACAGCCUGACAAUGUGGAUGCACUGGAGAUGGAUAUUUCAAGUGAAACAGAAUCUGAGUUGGAAAGUGGGGAAGAAAAUGAGAAAGAACCAAGGCAGAAGAAAGAGCGCCUAUCUAAGAGGCCACAAAAGAAACAUCUGAAGACACGGGCUGUUAAGAAGCCUAGACUGUCUGAUCUCCAGGAUAGUGGAGUUCCUGUCUCAUCAUUCACUGAAACUCUUCCGGUCAGCCAAGUCUUUGAGCAGGUCAUUGAGGCACCUGCAGGCAGCAAAAAAAUUGAACUGAAGUUGCCCUCUUCACUUGUGUCAGCUGCAGUUCCUAAACAUGUUCAAGGACAAAUGCAGCAGUUUAACCCAUAUUCAACAUAUCCACAAUUUACUCAGAGUCACACCAUGCCAGGCUUUGUAUAUCCGCAUACGGGAGCAUCUAUGGCUAGUAAGCAACAUCAACAGCUGCUACCAGUGGCUCAAACACAAGUAUCUACAACAACAUUGCCAGUUCCUUUGCAAAGACAGCAUCCAGUACCUCCCCCGCCUCCUGCUUUUCAAGAACAACAACAUGUACUGGCACCACCAGUGACAGCAGAUGUGGAGACUGCAGGGGAUAGUGAAGGUAAUAGCAGUAACAUUUCUAUAACAUUUUAUUUAUCAUCAGAAACAGGAGGCUUUGGGAUUCUUCAACCUCUGCCGAAGGAACAGAGAAUGGAAGAGGAGGAAGGAAGUGCGGAUAAAGAAUGGUCCAAAUCCGAUUUCAUUUCUUCUUCAGAACUGAAGAGGUUGAAGUUAUCUAGUUCUGAAAGGAAAGAAUUGAGUGUAUUCAAAAAUUACAAUGAAGGAGAGCCAUCUUGCAGACUGUAUCUAAAAAAUCUGGCCAGGAAUGUAACAGAAGAGGACAUUCACUGGAUCUAUGGCCGAUAUGUAGACUGGGAGAAUGAGCUGGAAACAAACAUAUUUGAUAUCAAACUCAUGAAAGAGGGCAGAAUGAAAGGCCAAGCUUUUGUCACUUUACCAAAUGAGAAAUGUGCUGUAAAGGCAGUCAGAGAUACUAAUGGUCUUCUCUUGAAAGACAAGCCAAUGGUUGUGCAAUUUGCCAGGUCAGCCAAAGUCAAAAGUGACGAAGGAGCUAAAAAGAUUAAAUAA